AUGCAAAAGUCUGACCUUGACCACAAUGAGGUUCGUUCUCCAUCCUUUGUCCAUGGCACCAAUCUAACGCCGCCAAUUAGUCAAUAUCAGCACGUUAAUAAAUCUGAACUCGACGAGGCACAAAUACGUGCUCUCGAAGAGCACGAGAUCAGCCAAGGACCGCUUAGCGUCCUCCAACAAUCUGUUCGCGCGACCAAAGCCGUCAGCUUGAUUCCUCCUGCAUAUUACGCCGACCUCGCAUGCGAACGGGGACGUAUGUACCUCAACGAUUUUCUCAAUCUUGGAGCCGAAAAGUCGGUCAGUGGUAGGGGAAGGAAGGAUAGGGAGACCAUGAAGAAGGAGGUCUAUGAUGAGUGCGUGAAGGCAUGGGGUAGUGGAAUCCAUGAAAGGGACUGUAAGAAAGUCCUGAGAUUACUCGCAAAGAAUGUGAAAACGGACCUUAGGAACAUUUUACUGAUGAAUCUAUCCUUGUUGACGGCCUUCUUGUUCUUGCCACUGGGUGUCUCUGUCCACAUCUUGGAGAUAGUCA